ACUCCACAGCGGAUACAAACUCGCAAAACCCUAACCCUUUUGUACUCACCACUCACGGGAAAAAAGAAAAAGGAAAGGAAAGACAAGGAGCGUAAAGGCACUAGGGUUUUAGACAAUCAUCAGCAGCAAAAGCAAACGGUAGGGGAGAGGGAGGGAGAAAGAGAGGUUUAGGGCUUUGGGUGAUAGAGAAAAUGGUGGCAGACAACAAGGGUAAGAAGUUGAAGGUAGCGGAGAAAGGCGAGGAGGACAAUCACCAAAUCGAUGAAGAACUCGUUAUCUCUAUCGAGAAGCUCCAGGAGAUCCAAGACGAUCUCGAAAAGAUAAAUGAAGAGGCAAGCGAUAAGGUCUUGGAAGUAGAGCAAAAGUAUAAUGAGAUACGCAAGCCAGUUUAUGAUAAGCGGAAUGAGAUCAUUAAAUCGAUUCCGGACUUCUGGUUGACUGCGUUUCUAAGCCAUCCUGCUCUUGGUACUCUUUUGAGUGAAGAGGAUCAAAAGGUAUUCAAAUAUUUAAGUUCGCUGGAAGUGGAGGAUUCAAAAGAUGUCAAAUCUGGUUAUUCAAUAACAUUUAACUUUGAAUCCAACCCUUACUUUGAGGAGACAAAGCUUACAAAGUCGUUUUCCUUCCAUGAUGAAGGGACGACAGAGAUAACAUCUACACCAAUCAACUGGAAAGAGGGCAUGGGUCUACCAAAUGGAGUCAGUCAUGAAAAGAAAGGGAACAAGAGGCUUUGGGCUGAUGAAAGCUUCUUUAGCUGGUUUGGCAACACUCAGCCAAAAGGCAUGAUUGAUGACAUGCAAGAUGAGGUAGCAGAGAUCAUUAAGGAGGAUUUAUGGCCCAAUCCACUCUCAUAUUUUAACACUGAUCCUGAUGAUGAGGACUUUGAUGGGGAGGAAGGAGAUGAAGAGGACAAGGAUAGCGAUGACUCUGAAGAGGAUGAUGAUGAGCAAGAGGAAGAUGAUGAUGACGAUGAAGAAGAAGAAGAUGAUGAUGAUGCAGACAAAUGAUUCCCUUUACUUCAGCUUUUUACUUGUAUCAGCUUUCCUGUUUUGGGCAACACCUUGUGUAAAGUAGUCUAUAAGGAUUGCUGGUAUCAUGUGCUGGGGAGGGUAACCCACACUAUAACAUUUUUAUGGGUAGAUUCCUCUACUAUGGAGGCCACUGGCUGUUACCAUGGUCGGUUAGUGGUCUGCUGACUUUGUUCUUGUUUCAGGGCCUUCCUUUUUUUUUUUUUUUUUUUUUUUUUUUUGUUUGGGGUUAUUCUAUGUUUUCCUUCCCAGAAAUGCAGGUUUCUAGAUGAUGAUGUUA